UUUGGAGGAUCCAGAACUGGAGGAUGGAGUUUCUGGGGACUAUACUGGAGAAACUGGUUCACCCAAACCUUGGCCCUGAUCUGGAAGAGGUGCAUCUUACAGCCACGUCAUCCCAUCGGAUGCAAUUCGACCCAGUGGCGACACCAUCGAGGAUGCACCUGAUCCGGAACCCGAUCAGGAGGCUUGGCCUGGAAGUGCCACAGGCCCAGGAGGAGCUGCCCCAUCCUCUCGAGAAGGAUGCACUGGAUCUGAAGGAAGAGGCACAAAGCUUCUUGGAGGAUCCAGAACUGAAGGAUGGAGUUUGUGGGGACUAUACUGGAGAAACUGGCUCACCCGAACCUUGGCCCUGAUCUGGAAGAGCCCCCUCCUCCUCGAUUCUCAUAGGUGGCACCUAAGCGCCGCCAAAAAGCGCCAAAAAUUAGUUCGACUUUGCCGGCUU